AUGCUUUUGAGGUAUGAAGACGGAUCCACAACGAAUUUUGAGCUUGAAUCUAUGCUGAAGGAGCGGGAUGUGAUGUUGGAUCAGAUCAAGGAGACUUUGGUAUUUGCUCAGGAGAGAAUGAAGAAUAACGCCGAUAAACAUAGACGGGAACUUUCUUUUGUGCCAGGUGAUAAAGUCUUCUUGAAGUUACGUCCUUAUCGCCAACAAUCCGUGGCCAAGAGGCUUUACCAGAAGAUGGCAGCCCGUUAUUAUGGACCGUUUGAAGUAUUGGAGAAGAUUGGAGAAGUGGCGUAUCGUUUGCAGCUACCUAAUGACUCCAAAAUACAUCCGGUGUUUCAUGUUUCUCAAUUGAAACCGGUGUUGGGGUCGGGACAUCAGGUUUCUGCACUUCCGGCAUCGUUUGCGACGAGUCUGACUUUGGUCAUUGAACCGGAGGAGAUAGUCAAGACUCGUUACAAUGCUGCAGGACGUUUGGAAGGUUUAGUGAAGUGGAAGGGCUUACCUUCCCAUGAACAAUCUUUGGUGCUUGCGUCCGAGCUUCUCAACGAAUUUCCAGAACUUGAGGACAAGCUUCUCAUUGGCGAGGGGGGUAUCGUUAGGACGCUAAACCGGUACGUCAGAAGAAAGGAGAGGAUAUAA